AUGCCUACUACUUUUUCCACCCACAGCAUGUCCUCUGGAAGCAUGCAAGGACCCAGGGGAAGACGCCUGCUUGCCUUAAGCAGUUCUCAGGCAGUGCCAAGUAUCCACAGGGCUAGAGGGGACAUGGCUAAACUGUCAUAUGGUGAUGGGCAGGCAUUUAUGGACACAAAUAUUCUGCACAUGAAUGAAAAGGGCACCAUGAAAAAUCUGAAUGACCGCCUGGCUGCCUACCUAGACAAAGUGCUGUCCCUUGAAAAAUCUAACAUGCAACUGGAGCAGAACAUCCAAGAGUACUACACAAAACAAGCAUCAACUGGUACCCCUGAUAUGAGUGCUUAUUUCAAUGAGAUGACCCAGCUAAAGUCUGAGGAGGCCAAAGUAUUAGUGAAUGGAGUGGUGACACAAAAUUUUAACAUCCGGAAAGGUACUACACAAGGCAACAGUGGUGCCAACUUGGAGAACUUCCUGCCUGGUCUGCUGGCCCACCUGAUACAGUCUCCCCCUGCCUCCNCGCACACGCGCGCAGCUUAG